CAAUCUCUUUGCAAAAAUUGGAACAUUGCAUUUAGACUGUCCAAGAACAGUCAAAAUCUGCCACCCAGAAACAAAGAUAUAAUGCCACCUUUAAUCUAAAUCAAAACAGAAACCAAAUAUCACACACCAUGGAUGAAUUGAAGCUCUUUGGAUUUUGGCCAAGUCCUUAUAGUCGAAGGGUCAUUUGGGCUCUGAAGCUAAAAGGUGUAGAUUAUGAAUACAUUGAGGAAGAUCUACCCUUUAAUAAGAGUGAGUUGCUGUUGCAGUACAACCCAGUUCAUAAGAAGAUUCCGGUGCUGGUUCAUGGCGGAAAGCCAAUUGCAGAAUCAUUGGUUAUUUUGGAAUACAUAGAUGAAGUGUGGCCACAUAAUCCUUUGUUGCCAAAAGAUGCUUAUGAGAAAUCUGAAGCCAUGUUUUGGGCCAAAUUCAUUGAUGAAAAUACUGGACCAAUGUGGGGUUUCUUUCAAAAAUUCGGGGAAGAACAACAAAAGGCAAUUGAGAGCUACUCUGAAAUUCUGAGAAAAAUAGAGGAACAUGGUCUACGAGACAAAAAAUUCUUUGGGGGAGACCAAAUUGGCAUAGCUGAUCUUGUUUUUGGAAUGGUUAUUCAUAUGUUGGCGCCUAUGGAAGAGGUGGUGGGAUAUAAGUUUAUUAAAGCCGAUAGCUUCCCACGCCUGCAUGCUUGGGUCAAGCAUUUCAGCGAACACCCUGUGAUCAAAGCCAAUGUCCCUGAUUACAGUAAAGUUGUUGAUUUCUUGAAGACAAGAAGAGAAUUUUAUAGGAAUUCUCAACAGAAUAACUAGAAAAAAUAAAGAAAGAAGGCACUUUUGAUCGUUUAAGAACUAAAAAUUGGGAAAUAAUGCAAAAGCAUUGAGUGUUCUUUUUCUUGUAACAUUUGCACUUUUUUUUUAUGCAUUGUAUGUUUGUAACAAUAAUUUUAUUUUUGCCAAUAAUUAAUGCUUUGUUUGGUGUAUAAAA